AUGCUCCCACUUUAUCUUUUGACAAAUGCCAAAGGCCAGCAAAUGGUCAUAGAACUGAAAAAUGGUGAAACAAUUGUUGGCCAGCUGGUAAAUGUCGAUAAUUGGAUGAACUUGACGUUGUCGAAAGUUACACACACGUCAGCCACCGACUCCGUUAAGCUGCCGGAAAUUUACGUGAGAGGUAACUUUAUCAAAUAUAUCAAGCUUCAGGAUGAUUUGAUCGAAAAGGUGAAGCAGAAUAGUGCCCAACAGCAAGCUCAAGGUCACAACCAAGGCAGAGAUUUUAGAAGAAGACAAGGCGGCAGGAAAGACGGCGAAAAACGCUUCAAUUCUGGCAACAACUCGAGACGUGGUGAAGCUCGUGAUUUCUAUCAUGGUAACAGCAACAGCAACAACAACAACAACAACAACAACAACUACAACGGUGGCCGUCGUUUCAACAAUAACAGCAACUACAAUAAUCGAGCUGGUGAAGACCGUGCGAGCAGCGGCAGUCAGACAAGCGCCAUGGGCGGUUUUGUAAGACACCACCAGACAUCUUCUCAACAGCCAUUGUCUUUGGGAGGACAAACUAUGUAA